UUUAAAGCGCAGAGUUGUAAAAAAACUCUCAGACGGAACGCAAAUGAACAUCCGCAUAACCUGACUAGAAUAAUCCUUUAUAUUCACACUGCAGCACAACAGUUUGUACAACAAGGACGUAGCUAACCGUCUCUAUCUAGUUAGCUGAAAAGCGUCGUGUCAACGUUAUUUUACUAGUUAACAGUUAGCUAGCCAGAGUCAUUCGUCAUCUAAGCUGUCCAGUGCAAGGACCUGUGGGGAUUUCUAUGUAACUGUCGCUAACUACAUGCUUAGGAACCCUACCCUGUGGAAGGAUAUCGUUUCAGCAACUACCACUUACUCUGUCCCCCUGUUUGGCCCAAACUGCUUACUGCUGCCUUAGAGGUUUUUGCAACGCUCAGGAAUACCAACUUAAUAAGCAGGAAGUAGCUAUGCAGCUUGAAAUCCAAGUAGCACUUAACUUUAUUAUUUCCUAUUUGUACAACAAACUCCCCAGACGGCGCGUGAACAUCUUCGGCGAGGAGCUGGAGAGGCAGCUAAAGAAGAAGUACGAGGGCCACUGGUACACAGAGAAGCCAUACAAGGGCUCUGGGUACAGGUGUCUCCACGUAGGGGAGAAGGUGGACCUUGUGGUGGAGCAGGCAGCCAAGGAGAGCGGCCUGGACUUGGACGACGUCCGGGAUAAUCUCCCUCAGGACCUUAGUGUGUGGAUUGACCCUUUCGAGGUAUCCUACCAGCUUGGCGAGAAGGGGCCGGUCAAGGUGCUGUACGUGGAUGAUAACACUGAGAGCAACGGGUCCGAGCUGGACAAGGAGAUCAAGAACAGCUUCAACCCAGAGGCCCAGGUCUUCAUGCCCAUCAGUGACUCUAUUGGGACCUCUUCUGAGUCCAGCUCUCCCUCACCCCCCUUCGGGCAAUCUGCGGCCAUUAGCCCCUCCUUCAUGCCGCGUUCCACCCAUCCUAUAACCUUCACCACCGCCACCUUCGCCGCCACCAAGUUCGGCUCCACCAAGAUGAAGAUCUCCGGCCGCAACAACAACAACGGUAACGGAAACAAGGUGGCCCGCACGUCCCCCACCAACGACCUGGGGCUGAAUGUGAACACCCUAAUGAAGCAGAAAGCCAUGUCCACCUCUAUGUACUCUCUGUACGGCCUGGGCCAGCAGCAGAAUGCCUCUGCACUCUCUCCUAAUGCUAAGGAGUUUGUGUUCCCCAGCGUCCAGGAUCAGGGGAGCCCCGGUGGAAUGUUCCCCAGCGAGGGCUCACUCAGCCUCAGCCCGCUGCAGUACAACAAUGCCUUUGACGUGUUUUCGGCCUACGGAGGUCUCAACGACAAGUCCCUCAAUGAUGGGCUGAACUUCAACCUCAGCAACAUGCAGUAUUCGAACCAGCAUUUCCAGCCGGUCAUGGCUAGCUAAACAUGACACUACGACGUGAAGAUGUUAUUUAUGAAUGACGACGGUGGCUAGAAGGUGGGGAAAAACACGCACAUUUAAAGAAGAACUGGACAUUCAAAGAACCUCUGAGGAGCUUUCUGUCUAGUUAGUGAAGCGGCAUGUGUCCAAGGUUGCUUUUUCUCUGCCCCAUUGAGUUUUGUUUUUUUACUAAAAGCUUGUUGAACAAACACGUCCAAACUUGGUUACUUAAAUUCAACAUGCAUAGUUGUUUCUCUUUUCCUUGUUGCCAACCUAGCACAAAAAAUACUCCAUAACAUGGAUAAUAAUAAUAAUACAAGCUUCAAGUUCUGUCCUCUUAGACAUGGCAGAUUUGUAUGAAUUUGCACUACUAAAUGGGGUUACUUGGUCUUUUUCUAAUUGUAUAAUUUAAUUUAGGACAGAGUUUUUAAGAUAUCAGAGUAUAUAUUGUUUCUAUGACAUGGUAGUGCAUUUAGAUAUUUCUACUACUCCUGUGAUGGCUGCAGCAGCUUUUCCUUAGUAAUAAGAAGAGAAAAAAAUAAUAUAAGGAAUCGUCAGUGAAAACCAUCUUUAAAGUCCAUCAAAUAUUCUAAAGAUUGCGUACAGAGUAUUGCUUAGUGGUGGAAUUCCGUGUUCAACAAGAGUUGUAUUUUCUUUUGAGAUUUGAAAGAUUUUGCUAUAUUAUGUACAAAAAAUUUAAUUGUAUAAGUAUUAAUUUUGUACCUACAUUGUGCAAUACUUUAUAAAAAUACACUAUAACCAAGUAUUUUGAGUCAGUGUCUUACAUGUCAAGAGGGACUGGAAUAGCUUAUAUUGUUUGUAUUAAAUGCUUAAAUUAUGUUGUAUUUUUUUUAUAUAUAUUUGCACCUUGGUCUUUUUAAUAAAUUAAACUACAGUCAAAAUGUGA